AUGAAUUGCCAACUCAACGUAAAAAAUUCCGGACGUAAAAUAGUCUCCCAUUCGGAUGUCCGGGUGGAGACUACUUUGAGAGAUGCAAAGUGGAGGUACAAAAGAAUUGGUACCUGGAAUGUAAGAUCCCUUGAAAGAUGUGGAAAAUUUGAAAAUCUUAAGCUGGAAAUGAAAAGAUUGAAUAUUGACAUACUUGGAGUAAGUGAAAUAAGAUGGCCCGAAUGUGGUGAUUUUUGGAGCGAUGAAUAUAGAUUUGUUCACACAGGUUCAAGCGAUAGAUACACAGGAGUAGGCUUCCUGAUGAAUAAACAAUGUGGUAAAAACCUUAUGAGCUAUUAUCAAUGUACUGACAUAAUCAUCAUGGUAAAAAUUAACUCCUAUCCAACAAUAACAACGAUUAUCCAAAUAUAUAUGCCAACAACAACGCACGAUGACGAUGAAGUCGAAGAAGUGUAUGACAAAAUAGAUGAAGUUCUAAAGAUGACAAAAGCUGGAGAAAACGUCAUUAUCCUAGGAGAUUGGAAUGCAUCAGUAGGAGAACAGAAUGACGGAUAUAUAGUAGGAAAUUAUGGACUAGGGAAAAGAAAUGAUAGAGGCGAGAGACUCGUACAAUUUUGUACACAACACGAGCUUGUGCUAGCAAACACCCUGUUCAAGAACCAUAAACGAAGAAGGUACACAUGA